AGGUCAAGUUUCGUACUAAAAACAUUUAUUGGACCAAGAUUAACUGCAAACAAGAACAACAAAAGUUGUGUAACAACACUCCGUUGGAUGUUGAAGUGAACAAUUCGGAUGCUAAUUUAGGAUAGUGUUCGAGUUUAGUCUUCUGUAGAACAAGUGUUGCUUACGCGGAGAAUUAGUUCAAAAGGAGAAGUCGAAAUCCAGUAGCAAUGUUAGAUGGCUUUCGACUUCUCCAAUCCUCCAAAUCAACAACACUUGUUCUCCAUAAAACUGAACUCCAAAACUAUACCAGACCAACAUCUAAAAUGUUCUUUUCCUCAUUUUACCACCUUUAUUGUUGAUGAGAAACAGACCAAAUUAGUGAUCCAUGCUUCAAAACCAUCUCGAAAAUGAUUAGAUAUAUAAUUUCACAACCUGACUAAUGUCGAAAGUCUUAUAAUCUCGUUUUCUGAAUGAAAAAAGGAUAAGGAUUUUUUCGAAUACAAACAAAAUUAAAAUGGAGUAAAUGAAUAAAUUCAUGACUUUAAGAAUAUCAAAAUUAUGUAUACAAAAGAAUGUGAUAGUGUUUCUCAAGAUUCAUUCACUUUAUAAAACCAAAAGUAUUUAAUGUAUUAAAUAAAAUCAGUGUUCCCUUCAAAAUUUAACAUGGAAGAUUUUUCACAUACUAAAAACGUAGAGCAGCCUGUACCAACUCCGGCCAACUUCGCCGUCCUGAACAACAAUCAGAUGACGAGCUAUGCGAAAGAGACAUUUGAAUUUAUGAAGCUUGCUUUAGAACAGGCAAAUGAUGCACUAGCCAAUCUUGAAGUUCCAGUUGGCUGUGUCUUUGUUGAGGAUGGGGAAGUCAUUGCCUCAGGAAGAAAUCGAACAACUGAAACAAGAAAUGCUACAAGACAUGCAGAGAUGGAAGCAAUUGAUUUUCUAGUUCAACAGUGGCAGAAAAAUGGACUUUCACCUCUUGAAGUUUCUGAAAGAUUCUCAAAGUGCACUCUGUAUGUCACCUGUGAGCCAUGUAUAAUGUGCGCAGCAGCCUUGUCAUAUCUUGGAAUAAAGGAGGCAUAUUAUGGAUGUGCAAAUGAUAAAUUUGGAGGCUGUGGAUCUGUACUAUCACUUCAUACCAGCAACUCUAAUCUUCCAACUAGUGAAUUAGCCUCAUCAAAAAAGGGUUUCAAAUGCACUGGGGGAAUAAUGGCUUCUGAAGCAGUUUCUCUUCUUCGGAGCUUCUAUGAGCAAGGAAAUCCAAAUGCACCAAAGCCUCACAGACCUCUAAAGCAGCAUGUAUAGAAGUAGCAAGUGUCAGUAUUCCUUCAACUUCUGGUACAAUUUGUUGGUUAUCAUCCAAUAUUGGUACGGUUUUACAUUAUUGAUUAUUUAUAAAUUAGUUCAAAUACUUGAUGAUUAUCGAUUGCUUUAAUAGGAAGGGGCAAGUGUAAAAAUAUUCGUAUUUGAGACCACCAUUUAUGUCAUAGCUUAAUUUUACAAAUUUUUGUAAGGUUAGUCAAGGCAUGCAAGACUAAAGUUGUAAGACAUUGUAAACUAAACUUGGCAUAUUGAUGUGCAAGCAAACUUUUGAUUUAUUUUUUU